AUGAGCACACGUCUGUGCGAGCCGUCUUUACGUGACGACGGCGCGCAGAGAGGAACUCCUGCCAGCCAUGGGAAAUGGUGCGACACGGGAGCUUUUAAGUUGGAUGAAACGCCAUCCCCAGUCGUAGCGAAUGUUUCUUCGACAUCUGAUGCAAGUUUUCAAUUUAACCGAACCCCUUCCCCCGGUAAACAUCAGAACCACGCAGCGGACCGUUCCAUGUGGUCUUUGGACGAUUUUGUUAUAAUACGAAAACUUGACGAAGGCCGUUUUGGGAAAGUUUACCUUGCUAGGGAGAAGCAGAGCAAAUGCGCUGUGGUCCUCAAAUGCAUUUCAAAGGAUAUGAUUCGCUUUCACAGCCUUGCCCACCAACUACAACGUGAAGUGGAAUUACAGGAAUACGCUGGGCGCUACCACAAGAAUGUUCUGCGUCUUUUUGCGUACUUUUGGGAUGAUGUGCGGAUCGUUCUAGUGCUAGAAUAUGCAGAUAGUGGAACCCUACAGGAUUUGCUUGAUUGCUACAGAGAAAAGGAGCAGAGAUCCUCUCUUCCUGAUGAUAAGGUGCGUACCAUUCUCCUACAGCUUCUGUCGGCAUUGGCUUUUUUGCACGAGAGGGACAUUAUUCACCGUGAUGUAAAACCAGAUAACAUCCUUUUUCAUGGAGAAAAGCUGCUUCUCGCCGAUUUCUCUUGGGCCGUGCGCGUAAACAACAGCGACCCUCGGUAUUGCAGACGCCAUACGGUUUGUGGCACGCUGGACUAUCUAGCACCUGAACAAGUGCUGAAGCGUGGUUGCACUACCAAAGCUGAUUUGUGGGCUGUUGGUGUAGUAGCAUAUCGUAUGCUUUGCGGUUUCCUGCCCUUCGAGAUGUUAGAUGCACGAGACGUGUGUUCAUGCAUUGCCUCCGGUGCCAUUCGUUACCCUUCACAGUUGUCACCAACGGCACGACAUUUCCUCCAAGGACUUUUGCGCGUGGAUGAGGCCUUGCGGUUUUCGUGCCAGGAGGCGUUGAACCACCCGUUCAUGAGAGGGGACUGUAAUUGUCGCAUAAGCAACCGUUACAUCGAGAGUAAGCACCGAGCACGUGCUGAGGAGCCGGUGUUACAACACCAAGGUAGUUUUGACACAACCAAAAAUGGCACCCGAUGGAUUCAGCAGAAAAAAGAGUCGUGGUGCUGCAGCCGAGCACCCACGUUGAAUGUUCCGGAGCCGGUUCAUCAUACUGGCACCAACUGCGUCGCCAACCACAGCCACAACCAUAAAGAUAUGGAUAAAAGUACAACGUUGAGUUGCCCCUCGGCUUCUGAUAUUGUUCGAGUUCGCGCCACCACAGAAAGAGUCCGUUGUCCCGUGGAUGAUUAUUCUGGUACGAGCGCAAGCCUCAUAACUAUAAGCCCUCUGCGAUCAACAGAAUGCAUGCAAAGUUUGAGCAACGUAAGUACCCCCAGUAUCGUAUCUCAGACUCACAGUGAGUGGCUCCACAGUGCUUCUCCGAUCAGUCACACUCCCGUCGUAGCCGCGGCAGCCACAUCGAAGUGUAGUCGUGAUGACGUUGGGACAUCAAGUUAUGGUGUGAGUUACAGUGGUAUUCGGUUACACAACAGUGCAAGCGACGGCAGUGGGACUACCACCGGGCAACAUCAUGCGCAAUUAGGAACCUCAACACACUCUUCUUUCGCAUUUGCGCCGCCUACCUCCGCAAGAUAUCGCCGUGAUAUUAGCGGCUAUCAUCGCAUUAACGGCCGGGGCAGCAGUCCGAGUGAUCAUGAGGAGUAUGAAGUGGCUAGCUGCGCUUUGAGGUUAUGUUUUGAUGAUGAGGAUGAUGCCGACAAUAAUUGUAGCGGCGCCCUGCAUGCCGCGGCUUCCAACCGCCCAAAAACUUUGAAAUCAGGUGUGAUGAUGAAUGGUACGGCACCGCCCUCUCAUCAUAAAGGGUCGUCAUAUGACGUGAGAUAG